CACACUGAGAGGAGGUAUAUUUACAUGGCUAUGAUUGGACAUUUAUUUUGCUCUGUAGUUAAUAAAACAUAAUAAUAUGCAGUUAUACAUGUUAGUCUUAAGACUGAGAACAUGCAGCAGCUGUGUCAUUUGAGUAGAAACGCACUUUUUAAAGUUUUAUUGGAGACGUGCGUCAGGGGAGCGAUGACCCGUGUGUGAGGAAGAGCCUGCAUGUUACAGAGCAUUUUUGGGUUUUUUUUUUAUUGAUUCGUACACAUGCCACCACCAUGCCAUGUUCAUUAAAGGAGCAACCAGGAGCUGUUUGUGUAUUGGGUCCUUCCUUCAGUCAUCACCGUCAAAGAACACAACGCAGAUCACACGAAAGUAACGGAUUUGCCUUCAGGCGCACCCGUUACAGUAGCCUACGGAGAGGAAGUAGUAACCGACUGACCCACCCCGUGACUCACAUGAGAUCACACAAUAGACAGCAGCUUUGCAUCAUACACCCUGACCUGAAGGGCUCAUACAGAAACAUACCGCGGCGAGCAGAGCAGUAGCCAGUGCGUCAUGGAGAGCAGAGCGCAGAGUUCACCUGUGUCCACCUGGACUGACUGUUUUAGAAUGAAGCGGAUCCGCAUGCUCGUCCCUGUCGGGUUCAAGACAGAAAUAAAAGAGAUAUCUAAGCUGGCCGGACCGGUGUUUAUUUCCCAGUUCAUGAGUUUUGCAGUGGGUUUUGUCAGUACUGUUUUCUGUGGCCACCUGGGGCGGACAGAGCUGGCAGGAGUGUCUUUGGCCAUAGCAGUUAUUAAUGUUACAGGUAUUUCUAUUGGGAUUGGUUUGUCGGCAGCAUGUGAUACUCUGAUUUCUCAGACCUUUGGGAGCCGUAACCUCCUGAGAGUCGGGGUCAUUCUGCAGCGGGCGAUCCUCAUUUUGAUACUGGCGUGUUUCCCCUGCUGGGCGAUCCUCAUUAACACAGAACCCAUUCUGCUGGCUGUCAAACAGGAACCAGAGGUGGCCAGAUUGGCUCAGCUGUAUGUGAAGAUCUUUAUGCCAGCACUUCCUGCUACUUUCAUGUAUGCAUUGCUAGUAAGAUACCUGCAAAACCAGGGCAUCAUAUGGCCACAGGUGAUCACAGGCAUUGUGGUCAAUCUUAUUAACGCUCUCACCAACUACAUCUUUCUCCACCCAUUAAAUCUGGGAGUACCAGGGUCUGCUGUCGCCAACACCCUUUCCCAGUUCUGCAUGGCUGCAAUUCUCUAUUCUUACAUCAUUUGGAAAGGUCUUCACAAGGCCACCUGGGGAGGUUGGUCUAAAGAGUGCCUGCAGGACUGGGGCUCAUACAUCCACUUGGCCAUCCCCAGCAUGGUCAUGCUGUGUGUUGAAUGGUGGACGUAUGAGAUUGGAGGUUUUCUGGCAGGUUUAAUAAAUGAGGUGGAACUUGGAGCUCAAUCAGUUGUGUUCCAACUGUCAAAUAUUGCAUACAUGUUCCCUUUAGGUUUCAGUAUCGCAGGCAAUGUAAGAGUUGGAAAUGCGUUGGGAGCCGGAGACACAGAUCAGGCCAAGCUGUCUGCUAAACUGACAAUGUUCUGUGCAGUGUCAGUCUCUGUAUGUCUGGCGGUUUUCAUCGGGAGCCUGAAGGACCAUAUCUCUUACGUCUUUACAUAUGACGAACAAAUCAGGGAAAGGGUUGCUGAAGUUAUCGCUUUUUAUGCUCCAUUCCUCUUACUAGAUGCAACAUCAGCUGCCUCGGGAGGCAUCAUAAGAGGAGCAGGUAAACAGAAAGUCGGAGCUGUUUGCAACAUUUUGGGAUUUUAUGGAGUUGGGUUUCCUAUUGGAGUGCCACUGAUGUUUGCAACCAAAUUAGGAAUCAAGGGUCUGUGGACAGGCCUGUGUGUCUGUGUGUUUCUGCAGUGCUUGUUUCUGAUCAUAUACCUGGUAAGAUUGAACUGGAAAAAAGUUACAGUCGAGGCUCAAAUCAGAGCAGGACUGUGUGGGAGCGGCGCAGACGCAAGUCUCCAGCCAGACGAUUCAGGGGACUCCCGGGGCCAAACAGACACCGUGGAGCUGGCUGAAAGUGAGGCGGGGCUCGCAGUGAUGACAGCGGAGGAGGGGCUCUCUCACAGGAGCCUGGUCCUGCGUCGGGCCCUGGCUCUGGCUUUCAUGCUAUUGAUCCUGGCUGCUGGAAUCAUUGUGAACGUGCUGAUCACGAACUUGGUCACAUGAACAUGAGAAAACGUCGAUUGAAUUCAGUGAAGUGACUCCUCAGCCACCAGUGCGCAGUGUGAUGCAGAUGUUUGCAUUGCAGGGUGUUUAAGCAGGAUGUGCAGAGGAAGGAGGCAAGUGCAGAGGAGCAGAAAGUAGAAAGUGAAAUGAUCUGUGAUCAGUGAAUUAAUCUCUCAAGGCAAAAUGUUUCCAUUCUGUCAAAAGAUUUCCCAGUGAAUCUGUCAGUGAUCAGCUCACAGCCAUAUUCUGUCAAAGAGAAGAAGUCAAACUAAUGAGAGUUUGACAACAUUUGUAUUAAAUACAUUAA